AUGAGCAGUGAUCUGCAAAGCUCUCAUGAAAAGAUGAGUGAUGCAAGAAUAGCACUGUUGCACUUGCAGGAGCACUAUAGAGAGCAUAGUUGGACUGCUCGAUAUGAAAUAUUGAGAGAGCUUUUUAGGGCAAAGAUGAGUGAGGGUGGUGAAGCUGGAGAGCAUGUCCUCAAAAUGAUCUCUAUGAUUGAAAGAUUGGAAUCUCUUCCUGAUUACUUCUCUCAGUUUAUUGUUAAUUUUAACAUGAAUGAUAUUGAGUGCACAUUGGCUAGUCUUCUUAAUAAGCUACCGAAGAAGAAAAAGAUGGCCAAGAAGCAUAAUGCUUUGGCUCCCAAAGGUGUGGAAGGAGUGGUUACGAAUAAAGGUAAGGCUCCUAUGGUUCGUGAGAGUGAGAGCUCUAAGCAAGCGGGCAAGUGUUUCCUUUGUGGCGAGGCUGGUCAUUGGAAGCGAGAUUAUCCACAGCUCAGAGCAAAUGGCGCUACAGAAUCUGGAAAGAAGAUGGAAGCUGGGUGA